CGACACGGGAAGAUAGGUGGCGGUGCAUGGUGAUUGCCGACCAAACUUUUCAAAUUCCAGACUUCCCAAGGUUUCCUUUCCUGUCCAACCUCCUACAGAGUCAAAAUCAUGGCGAAAGUCGUCGUUCUCUCGCGUACGCAUGACGCCGUACAUGGGCAUUCCGAAAAGAGCGAAUUCCUGCCCACCGCGGAAGACCUCAACCCAGUUGUAGAAAGCGCCGAAUUCGCAUAUCGUAAAACUAACGUCGUCCUGAUCAAUGAGAACGGAGUCAAAUUCGCUGCCAGACACAUUCACGACAAAAUGCGCAGCGAGUCGUACACACCACGCACCUGGCGCACGCACCCACUACACAUCUGUCCUCCCGAGCCGUACUCCCCGUCGGACCCGCAAACCGCUGCGUGUCUGAACUGGAUAUUCCUGAUCUCAUCGCUGAACUUUAGUUUCUGGUCGGAGCGCGAGGGACAUGCGGAUCGCUACGGGGUUGCUUGGAGGGAGAGCUGGGCCCCUGAUGCCCAGGAGAAGGUGUGGACUGGGUACUGGAGUCUCGUCGCCGCUCUGAAUCGAGCGCUUCGAGACGACGAGAUUCCGAUCACAGAUCCAGCAUUUUAUUCUUCAGCAACGCUGUGUCCGGAUGCAUUGAUUGAGCAUGUGUUUCGGCCGGCGGAGGGUUGCAGUGAAAGUGUACCGCUGUUGGCCCAGCGGAUCAGAAUCAUGAGAGAAGUAGGAUCCAUUCUCUGUCGAGAAUUUGGAGGUUCCUUCCAGGGCUUCUUGGAUGCAUUCCAGAGUGAAUACGGCGACCAAGGAACAGCUCUUCAAUUGGUCAAGAAAGUGGUGGAAACUUUCCCCUCAUUCCGCGACGAGGUUCAAUUCCAAGGCAGAAAAGUCUGUUUAUGGAAACGUGCUCAGAUUCUGGUGGCAGAGAUCUGGGCCGCAUUCUAUCCUGCGUCAAACACUCCACAUCCGCUUUUCCCGGGAUGUGUCGGUCCGGCCAUCCACAAGUUGACCAUGUUUGCGGAUUAUCGUGUGCCACAAAUCCUGCAUCACCUGAAGAUAUUGUCCUAUCCGCCGGCGCUUGUCGAGCUAUUGAACACCGGGGCCAUUCUUGCUCCGGGUUGUGCCGAGGAGUUGAGCUUGCGAGCAGCGAGCAUCGUUGCAGUUGAGCGAGUGCGGGCUGAGAUGACUUCGCUAGCAAGAGAUGAAGUUAGCAGUGUGCUGAUCGACUUUUAUUUGUGGGAUCUUGCGAAGAAGAUCGAACGCGGCGAAGAACACAUCGAAGGGCUGGAGACGACGCAGGAGAUGGUUCCUAUCCACAGGACUCGGAGCAUUUGGUACUAAUUCAACACUAAUCGUGUACUGAUACAUACAAAUAGAGGUUACAACGCAUGAAAGCUUUUCGAGUCGUCAUCGGGUGAUGAGGGAACUGAGAAAUUGUCCCGCGCUGCCAUUCCUCGUCCAUCCUCUGACCAUGGGUCGGUGGUCAGACGGACAGGGAUCAUGUGGCGGAUGCCCACGAACGCCGCUUUCGUCACAUCGGGCGGUGUGACGGUGAACAGCAAGCAGUCCUUCACGUCAUAAAUAUGUAUGUCAAAUGAACUGGCAGCAUCACAUACCACGACAGACAGCCGGCCGAUGUUGAAGCCCGUCACUUUGACUGGAUCGAGCUCGAGUGUGCCAGAGAAAGACAUCCAUGUCGGGCCGUCACUGAUGUGCUCAAAGACACCUUCCCCGAUCUGGUCCACGCGCCAGAUCUCAGUCAUGGAACGCCCGGUAUUCGUCGCACGGACAUCGACUGUGGACUGCCGCAUCAUUUGGAGCCUGGUCGUAGCUCCCGUCCUGCCGGCCACUGGCGCAUACGGGAGGAACGUGGCAAGCGAGAACGCAUUCCCAGCUUCGAAUGUCGCGUAGAAUGGAAUGGUCUGAGUCGAACAGAAGAUGCGGGAUGCUGAAAUCGAGUUCUAGGCUGGGACGCGGUGGGUGGCAAAGCCUUCACCAUGUAAUUGUAAACUUUCCAGCCGGGUGCCUCGAUGAAUCCGGUAGCAACGUGCUGCAUAGGUGACGGAAGCGCGACGCCGGGGCGUGUUCGCGGAUAGUAGAUGAACGGUGUCGACACCGUCGUGUUGCCAAUAUUGAUGCCCAGUUUCUUGGACUUUACAAGCGGAACAAUAUUCGGCAGUGCACGGGGUUUGUUGAUGACGG